GUGUAGGUGUGACCAGCAGCCUGAUUAUAUAAAUUCCCACACAAAGCCUGUUCGACAACUAUCAGCCAAAAACAUCCCGCGGAGCACAACGACGCCCUGAGGAGUGUACAAAUGUAGCGCUUCAUCAGCCUUCAGUCAUGUCCAUCGAGUACACCAUUGAUAUCCAACUGACAGAGUUGGGAUUUCCGGAGAUCUUGGAUUCAGAGGAAGCAGCAUCGAGAACAACUGUCAAAGGUGCUGGACAUCGUGCAUCAUCAAAACCCACAGCAGAAAGUCCAACAUCUACUGAACAGAAGGCCACUACACGGGAAGAAAAUGGAAUGCAAACUGUUGAUGAUGAUGAAUGGGAAGCACCCCAAAAUUCAUCAGAGGUGCAGAUGAAUGCAGAGAGUGACUCGGAUGACAGCGCUGUUUCAGAGGUAUUUGAGGAAGAAGAGCUGGAAGAUGAGGAGGACUAUGAGGAAGAUGAAGAGGAAGCGCUAAAUGAUGAGUUGAGUCAGACAGGAGACUACCGCUGCAACGUCUGCGAGCUUCGACUGCCCUCCAGCUUCAAACUCAAAGAGCACAUGAACCAACACACAGGGGCUCGUCCAUACCGUUGUGCUGAAUGUCAAAAGCGCUUCUGCCAGAUUUCCAACUACCGUGCCCACCUGCGUAAACAUGCUCAGGCUAAAGAGCUUUUGCGUUGCCGUAUUUGUCUGAAAGGCUUUCGGUCAGUUCUAGACUUGAAUGACCACCUGGCCGUGAAUCACUUGGAAAAGGAGUUUUAUGAGUGUGACUUGUGCAAACGUGUAUUUGCUUCUUUGAAGGCAUGUCAAUUCCACGUGCAGUUACACAAAUCCAAAGUAGGUUUUACAUGCACAACGUGUGGCCGCCGUUAUUCUACUUCACAGUCCUUCGCACACCAUCUGAAGAAGACAUGCUGUUACAUUUUAAGAUGCACUGAUUGUACAAAGACCUUUACUCAGAAGAACGCUCUCCUGAAACACAGUUUCUCCCAUCUCGGUUUGUUGCCUUACACCUGUGUACAAUGCGGCUGCCACUUUCGCCUUGCAAAGCUGUACCACCAACACAAAUGCCAACCCCAGCGCAUUAACUGCGUUGCAUGUCUGAGAGAAUUUCUCAACGAGGUGGACUUUCAGCAGCACAAAAAGGACACAGGCUGCUGGGGCCAUCUGGAGGCAAAGCCAGAUGAGAUCCGCUGUCUGGAGUGUGGCCAGUCAUUUGAUACUAAAGAAGAGCUGAAGAAACACAGUGGCGCUCACCAGAGAGUGCUGAAAUGUGUCGAAUGUGGAAAGGGCUUCCGGUCAGCCUUGCUGUUAAUGUCCCACAUGGGUGGUCACGCCAGCAAAUCUCCCUGCCUCUGUCAGACAUGUGGAGUAGGUUUUCCUCAUCAGCAGGGCUAUGACAGUCACCUGAAGACCUGCGGAAAAACACCCCUACCUACGAGUGCCCCAAAGAAACGUGAGGCCUCCAAGAAGUCUGCACCUGAGACACCCAAAGUCGGUAUCGAUCCACGCCCCCUUGAGACAUCUGGGUUCAGUGUCGGCACCAACAGUUCCAAGACACCGACACUUAAUAAAGGUUCAAACGUCUCUGAGACAUCUGGGUUCAGUGUCGGCACCAACAAUUCCAAGACACCUACACUUAAUAAAGGUUCAAACGUCUCUGAGACAUCUGGGUUCAGUGUCAGCACCAACAAUUCCAAGACACCUACACUUAAUAAAGGUUCAAACCCCUCUGCGACAUCUGGGUUCUGUGUCAGCACCAACAGUGCCAAGACACCUACACUUAAUAUAGGUUCAAAACCCUCUGAGACAUCUGGGUUCAGUGUCAGCACCAACAGUUCCAAGAAACCUACAUUUAAUAUAGGUUCAAACUCCUCUGAGACAUCUGGGUUCAGUAUCAGCACCAACACUUCUAAGGCACCCAAACUCCAUAUCAACGCAGCCUUCCCUGAAAUACUGAAUCGCAGUACAAGUGCACAACCUUCAAGAACACUGCAGCCCAGUGGCAAGUCGAGCCCCUCUGUAUUAGCAGCAUGUGUAGAUGUAUCAGAUCCAGCAAACAAACCAGUCACUACUCAUGCUAUGCUAUUAAAGAAACCUGCUCAACCGGUGGAGGAUUCUGCCAAUCUUGGACUUGUGACAGAAGGUGUUGGAUCUCUGCUACCAGAAGGGUUUUGGAAACUAACACUUGAUAAAGAGCCACCUCCUGGUGCUAAGCUUGUCUUGUUUCUGCCUGUCUGUAGUCAAACCAAUGAGUUGUCAUUGCCAUCUGUUGUCUCUCAGACAAUACCAGCUGUAGAUACACAGGUAGCACCUCUGGAUUUAUCAAAGAAAGGUACUUCAGUUCAGUCUGCUGUCAAUAAUAUGUCUCCUGUUUCUGUUAAAAGACAGCUCGCGGAGCUGAAGGUCUCAGGAGAGGCUGUUUGCACAGAGCGUGAACUAAACAAGCAAGAAAGCAAAGAGAUGACCCCAGAAGCUAAAACAAAUACUGAAGUGAGGCAGCUGACAACGGAUGUGAGAGAUCUCCCUAAUCACAUCAUUUGUUCAGGGUCACCUGCACUCGCAAAAGCAGUUAAGGAGGAGCCUCAGUCUUCAGGUUUUGAUUGUCAUUUGCAGACAUCCAAAACAAACCAGCUGUCAGACUGUAGCCCAGCAAAACAAAUUAAACUUGAGGAUGAAAUUUCAUACUCGACCUAUGCUGACUCUCAUGUCGAUGUCAGAUACAACUAAAUGUUGGCAGUGAGUGUAAAGAUUAACCAUUCCUUACUGGAGGGUGUUUCCCUGCAAACAACAGGGUUUUUAUUUUCCUUGCUCUACCUUUAUAGAUGACAAAGAAGUCAUUCUACAGCAAGAAUGAUCUUUCUCUACAUCUCAAUAGGCACCUUGAUGGUUAGUGCACACUCCACUCUACUAAUUGCGCUGUAGUUGUCUCUCUGAAGUGAGACAGUGUUUUGCAAGGUGGCAGUUAUUUCUGUCUUAUAUCAGCCAAGUUGUUUUAAUGAUAACCAGAGUUGUACUAUUAUACCCAUGUUUCACUGGUAGAAUUAAGGUAAUUGGUUAUAGGAUGUCUUAGCUUAGAAGGUAUUUGUCCUUUUCAACAUCCCCAGCACUGGGUUUGUAUCACACUUCUUCUACAUGUACUUUACAUAAGGUUUGCAUGAACAGCCUCCCUGGACCAACAGACCAAACUCGUAGUUGGAUAAAUGUCAACACUAUGCAAUAUAGUUGAGUCAACGACACCUUGUAGCAUUAAAAAUAUCCUUGUGAGUCUCUGCUGGGAAAACAAACUUCUUUGUGUGUAUGUAAUUUAAGGAAGAUGCUGAGCUUCAGAUUAUGAAAUUAUUUUUAAUCUAUGGGCACCCUGACCUUUAGGUGAUGUAUAUUAUGGCUUCAAAUAUUGGUCGUAGUCAGUAAUAUGAAAUCGAUUUAUGUAUUUGUGCGAAAUACUUUGCUGUCUUCGGGUAUGUUGGUUUUUCUAAAGAUCACAAAUAAAUUUUGAUUUCAGAGCAAUAUCAUUGGCUU